UCUUUUAAUACGAAUGAAGUCGGUUCCAAGUGAACAUUUGACAUGCAGCCACCUGUCAACGGAAUCUCCUUUUUUUUUGGCCGAAUGUUUUCGAUUGUUGAUUUUGUUUUUUCAGCACGGCCGAAAUUUUGUUUACGUUUCCAAUUUGGCGUUUUGAUUUAUUUUCACGUUAGGGGUAAAAUGUGAUUUUGGUUUCGUUCCGAAUCCGAGGUUCGUUGUUGCAGUCGUCGCCAGCACCACUUUAGAUGCCUCCUCUCAUCGCAGUUCUCCAACAAAGUGAAAAAUGGUUAUGUUAAAAUUGGAAGAGCAGCCUCCCCUGAUCCAAGCAAUCUUCUCAGGGGAAAUUGAUGAUGUGAAGAAUCUGCUGGAUGGAAAGGUGGACGUCAAUUACCAGGAUGCUGAAAAGAGGAGUCCUCUGCAUGCGGCUGCAUACAAAGGUGACACUGAAUUGGCUGAAUUAUUAUUGGAACAAGGAGCCAGGGUCAACACUAAAGAUAGCCGGUGGUUGACCCCUCUGCAUAGAGCGUGCGGAGUCAGUGCUGAUGAUACUGUUUCUUUGUUACUGAAACAUGAUGCUGACACAUCGGCUAGGGACAGGCAAUGGCAGACGCCUCUGCAUAUAGCUGCUGCAAAUAACGCUGUUGAGUGUGUAUCUCAUCUGCUCGGGUGCAUUAGUAGCAUCAAUGUCACGGAUAGAUCAGGAAGAACUGCGCUGCAUCAUGCAGCACUCAAUGGUCACAAUGAUGUAGUGGAGCUGUUGAUCUCGAAAGGGUGUAUAGUGAAUGCUUGUGAUAAAAAGGACUGCAUGCCUAUUCAUUGGGCAGCGCAUUUAGGACAUGUGGGCACGAUGGAGCUUUUGAUCAAAAACGGAGCUGAUAUAAACGUUUACGAUAGGAAUCAGUACACCCCGUUGCAUGUAGCUGCUGCUAGCGGUAUGGUAUAUGCUUGCCACCUGCUGAUAAACUCGGGCGCUAAUGUAGAUUCAGCGAACGUGUUUGGUAACACCCCGCUGCACAUAGCCUGUCUGAACGGGCAUAUCUCUGUUUGCGAUGUUCUCCUUACGGCGAAUGCAAAUUUGGAAGCUGUGAACUAUCGAGGGCAAACACCUCUGCACAUUGCGGCCGCUAGCACCGAUGGAAUAGCGUGCAUGAGCUUUCUGCUCGAGAAUCAUGUAGACGUGAACAAGCAGAGCCUCGACGGUCGAACGCCUCUGCACAUGACUGCGAUCCAUGGUAGAUUCACGAGAAGCAAAACCUUGAUCGACCAUGGUGCUGUGAUCGACGUGGAGGAUAAGAACGGUAAUACGGCGCUUCACAUUGCUGCUCAAAAUGGUCACGAUAUUCUCACCGCAACUCUAUUGGAUUACGGAGCAGAUCCCAAUAAACGUGGGUACGAGGGACGAACGCCGUUGCAUCUAUGUUGCCUUUCGGGAUUUGUCGAGGUGGCUCGCAAGUUUAUCCAAGCCAAGGUGGACUUGAACACGCAAGAUAACACCGGGAAAACACCCACGCAUUACGCUGCUUAUAAUGGUUCGGUAGAGUGCCUGGAUUUGUUGGUCAGCGAAGGUGCGAAUUUCAAGUUGCAAGAUAGUUUUGGACGCACAGCUUUGCACAACGCAGCCGCCAGGGGUCAUUAUAAUUGUGUCUUUACGUUAGUCGGAAUUGGAGCUCCUGUUAAUGUACACGAUUCUGAAGGAUGUACCGCUUUACAUCUUGCUGCUGCCUACGAUUUGGAGGGUAGAUGCGUUCAAUACUUGCUGCAGCACAAAUCUGAUCCGAAAUUGAGGGAUAAUAGAGGUUUUACGGCUGUUCAUUACGCUGUUAACGGUUGCAACGAGCAUGCUUUGCACAAUCUUCUCGAAGCACUAGGCAAAAUGUAUCAAUUCCAUGGUCCAGACAUGCCACCAAACACCCUGUUACAUUUCGCUGCUCGUAGAAGGGAUUCCAAUAUCAUGAGUUCCAUCAUGUCCUACUUUCCCGACACGAAUAUAAAAAACGCUACUGGCUGUACGCCUCUAUUGAUUGCUGCUCGUGAAGGAAACGCGGAAUGCGUCCAAAUGUUAUUAAGAUACGGCGCCAAGGUUGCAAUUUGCGAAGAUGUUUAUGGUAUGAGUCCCGUCCAUUACGCUGCCAAAAAUGGUCACAAUCACUGCCUUGCUCUCCUCGUGGAUAACACCGAGGAUUCAUCCAUUAUAGAUAAACCGGACAUUUUCAACAGAACGGCCUUAAUGUUAGCGGUUUCCAGUUCCUACACAGAUUGUGUCUUAACUUUACUGAAGUCCAAAUCGGAUCCAAAUAUCGUAGAUUCGGAUAAACAUUCAUCUCUAUUCCGAGCGAUCGUAACCAAUCAGAAUUCCGUUGCGCAAUUAUUGAUCACCAACGGGGCAACGAUUUUAACCCCAGACAUCAACGGUAAAACGGUCGUACAUUUGGCGGCAGCUUGUGGAAAUUUCUCGUGCCUUCAGACAAUUCUUUAUCACAUUCAACCACACGAGGCUGCACUUUUUGACAAUCACAAAUUCAGCGCUUUGCACUGGGCCUGCUAUUACGGGAAUGCCAGUUGCGUGGAGUAUUUACUGCAGCGCGGCGUUUUCAAAUCCGUGGAUGGAAACAUCUUUUCGCCAGCACAUUGCGCAACUUUUGCCGGGUCCGAGCGUUGCUUGGAGAUUUUGUAUAAGAAAUUCGGAAAGGAUAUUGUUAAUCUGAAGGACGCAAGGCAAAGGACUCCGUUGCAUAUUGCUGCGCUGAACGGGCAUUCCGAUUGUGCUAGAUAUUUGCUGGAACAAGGAGCUGAAAUCGACGAGAAAGACGAAAAUGGACGUACUCCAUUGAUUGCCGCCUCUCAAUACGGUCAAAGCGAAGUAAUUGAACUUUUGAUUACUUAUAAUCCUGAUUUUAAGCAAUGCGACAGUAAUGGAAAUACGGCGUUGCAUUCGGCAUGUUUGAAACAUCACUGCGAUGCAGCGUUCCUCCUUCUGAAUCACAUAUCCGAUGUGGAGAUUGUGAACAUGACGAAUAAGGAUCUGAAGACUCCGCUUCAUCUUGCUGCUCGCAACGGUUUAAUUCCAGUUACAAACGAGCUGAUCGUGAAGGGAUCGUCUGUGCUGGCCGUGGACUCCGAGGGUUUGACUCCGGCCCUGUGUUGCGCUCCGAACGCGUGCGUGGCCAAAUGCCUAGCCAUCAUUUUGGCCAACCAACCUAACCAUUCCAUCAUCAAAGUACCAAACUCAAAUCCACCGCAGACAGCUGAUGGUUUUGAUUACGGUAGAAGCACCAAUCACGUGGCGGAGACGUGCAACGACGAGGGCAACAGUAGCGAUAACGAAUAUUUUUAACGGCCUGCAGGUUUCUGCCUCUUGUGUUCACUAGGAAAAUGAUUCAAUGCAAUACUCAAUUUUUUUUGUUUGGUUUAUUUUUGGUGAUGGGAAAUCCUGCUCCUCCGCCCUCUCACAAUUAAUACUUCCGCGCAUUUAAAUAUCUAAAAUCUCCUCCUAAAUACGCGAUUCCUUUAUUAAUGCAAUUACUCGAUAAUCGACAAGUCACUACUUGCAAGUACCGAGACAUCUACUUUUUUUUUUUAAAUAUUUAUAUACCUGCAAUUUGUCUACAAAUUUUUUU